AUGUCCAACAAUGAGGUUGGAGAAGUCCAUGACGCACGGCCCAAGGUGCAUUUCAGCAUGCUCAGUUCUCUCGGUGUCCAGUUCUCUAUCACAGGCGCUCCACUCACAUUGGGCACUGAGAGUAGAGAGAGAGAAAAGAGGAAGGAAGAGAGAGCGUGGGAAGUGAGAGAAGAGGUACAGAGUCAGGUGACUGUGGUGACUAAGUGA